AUGAAUUCCAUUAUGAAGUGCAGUCAAAAUUGUGACGACACAGCCUUGAUUAAUGAAAUUGAGAGUACGAAGCCUCCUUUCUUCCAUCAAGUUUCCAGUCACAAUUUCUUCAAAUGCUUCUGUGUAGAAACUUGCACCUCAAAACGGAGACUUGACAUGCGUGGAAGUAUUGUACAUCAGAAAAUCGAGAGAUUGCUCGAGGACGUGGACAUCCCUGCUCUGUUACUAUUCCUCAAAAGGCACCAAGACGUUGUCCACGUUAAUUUAUCAAGCAACAAAAUCUCCGAUAACGGUUUCAUAAAUUUGCUCGAUCACAUGCUCGUGCACAAGAACGUACUAGAGUUGGACGUCCAAAACAAUGACAUAACGCAAAAAGGGAUCGAGUAUAUGGUGAAAGUAGGGGAAGGCGUCGAAAUCGAGAGUCUGAAUUUAAUGGGAAAUAAAUUUGGCGACGAGGGGUCGAAAUGUCUAGCGCUAUUUUUAUUAAAAAAUGAAUGUAUACGUCGCUUAAACGUCGCACAAGUGGACCAGACGGCUUCCAGUUUAAUAUAUUUUAUUGGAGUCUUGAGCCCAGAAGAAGAGAUUUCUAAUACGACUCUGAAAUGUCUGGACAUUAGUCGACCGAAUCCAGGAUGCAUGUAUUACUUCGAUUCUGCUCAUUUUUCCAGUGUCAUCGGACACAUGCUUAAAGGUAACACCAGCCUGGCAGCGUUGCAUCUGCAAAAGUACAACUUCGAUUGCCACGAUAUAGAAAACUUGGUGUCGAAUGCAAAAUAUAACAAUACGUUGCAGUUGUUGGACCUUGGCUGUAACAACAUAGGAGAUCAUGGGGUAGCUCACCUUGCUAGUUGGCUGGCUAGUAGACCGGCUUUGAAAGUCCUUAUUUUGUGUAGGAAUAUUGCAACCGAUCAUGGCGCAAGGGAGCUAAGCUUUUCUCUUCCGUUUUCAAAGCUCUUAUCGCUGGACAUCUCGUACAACAAGAUCACAGAUGAUGGGAUGGUUGAUAUAUUGAACACGUUGAAAAAGAGUCCUCUUCUCCGACAGCUGAAGAUGUUUGGGAAUUGCCUUGGUCACCCAACUGCGAAGAUUGUUAAGCGAAUGCUGAUGUCUCAAGUACUUAAUCAAGAGAACAUCGAUGUUAGACCAUACAGAGUUGAUCACAGAUGGUAUAUCGCGAGAUAUGAAGGUGGCCACUGUCGAGACAAAUUUUACGACGUUUCUUACGGCCUCUUCACACGAUUACCUUCUGGUCCAGUAAAGAAGACUCGUUCAAAGAAGACGUACAAUAAAUACACAUAUCUGGAGACUAGUGAAGUGCACGUGCAACAUUCAACCAUCACCAUCGUCUCCCAUGCAUUCCACAAAGAUCUUCGAAAGGAUUGCAAAUGUUGUUAUUGCUUCAAAUGCAACGCUCUUCAAUACGACGAGUCGUGCAAAGACGACGAGCACUUGCAGGAUUGUAACUGCUGCAAGUGCAAGGGAGACGAGAGCAGCGAUUGGUCCGCAGACAAAUCGGUUGUGGAUAGAGUUGUACCUACGCGUGACCCGAUGAAUAAUAUCGCCUACAUUCUGAAGCGCGUGAAUUCCGACACUCGCCAGAAGAUUGUACGCUGGAUCAACAUUAACGAAGAUACUUUGAGAGAAGAUUUAAAAGCUAUCGCAGAUCGAGACAAGCUCGAGGAAAGCUCGUCGUGCAAUUGUUCCUGGGCUCAGCUGAGCAUAACUAGUUUACAGAAGCGUUUAGAGAAUUCUGAUUCGAAUGAUAUACUAAUUUUACCUAGAAGCAACUCUAUGUUAAUGAAAAUUGCACGUGGAGGCAGGACUAUAUCAUAA